AUGACCUUUGAAGAGGCAGCGAGUGCCUUGUUUGGAAGCAACAGACUUGGACUGACUGCGCCUUGGAUCAAGGAGACGGAUUUCCGCAGAAGCGAAGGACAGAUACAACCACUACGAGCAGCACGAACGCUGUUCAUUUAUGGUGCAUCAACAUCUGUCAGCUUAUAUGCUGCACAGCUUGCUCAUCAUGCAAAAGAGGACAUCAAGCUGAUAGGAGCAGCGAGUCCAAGACAUUUCGAAUGGCUUCAAAAUCAGCCGUACGCUUACGAUCAUCUGGUUGACUACCGCACGGAUUGGCAGUGGACAGUAUCUCAGCUCACCAACGGCGAAGGACUAGACUUAGCAUAUGAUUGCAUCUCGGAAGGACAUACUGUGGAAUCAAUUAGCAAGCUCAUGAAGCCACAUGGUCAAAUGGCGGUGGUUCGCUCAGUCCAAGGAGGAGCUUGGGCUCAAACAGCAGAACUGCCCGUUGAACCAAGCUAUGGUGCAGUAUGGGAGGGACUAGGGGAAGAGGUGCAAUACAAAGGCAUGAAUUUGCCUGCGAAUCCGGAAGCAAAAGCUUUCGCGGUCAAUUUCUAUCAAUGGCUGUCUAAAGGUGGUGAGAGACUCAAACCCAACACGGUUCGCAUAAUGCCUGGUGGUUUAGAGAAGGUAGUGGAAGAUGGGUUUCAGCUCCUAGGCUCUGGUCUGAUGACUGAUCGAAAGCAGGACAGGAAUGAAAGUUGGAUGCAACCCGUGAGUGCAGAGAAGCUGGUAUAUAGACUCGUUUGA